CGAGCGGGGUCGGAGGUCGCGGGGCGGGGCUAGUGUGGGUUGCCGCCUUGGAGGGUCUCCUUCCUUCUCUCAGCGCGCACGCUGCGUCCCUGGCGCUCCGGACUGUGAAGCGCGGAUAGUAGCGAUGGCCCUGUGCGAAGUGCCGGCCGCGGGUGGCCCGGACGAGGAGGCGGAGGACGACGCGCUAACCCGCGGCGCCGCCCUGGAGGCCUUCGGCGAGAGCGCGGAGACCGGCGCGUUGCUCGGCCGGCUGCGGGCGGUGCACGGCGACCGCGCGGCGCGAGAGGUGGUGGAGGAGCGGUUCCGCGUGAUAAUGGACAAGUACCAGGAGCAGCCACACCUGUUGGACCCACACCUUGAAUGGAUGAUGAACUUAUUGUUGGACAUAGUGCAAGAUAAGACAUCUCCAGCUUCCCUCAUACAUCUGGCUUUUAAAUUUCUUUACAUCAUCACCAAGGUUCGAGGAUAUAAAGUAGUUCUUCGUUUACUCCCUCAUGAAGUAGCUGAUGUGGAGCCUGUUUUAGAUCUGAUCACAAGUCAGAACCCUAAGGACCACGAGACUUGGGAGACCCGCUACAUGCUCUUACUGUGGCUAUCUGUGACCUGCCUGAUACCUUUCGAUUUUUCACGCCUUGACGGGAACCUCCUUAUCCAACCGGGGCAAACGCGGGCGUCCAUCAUGGACCGUAUUCUCCAAAUUGCACAGUCCUACUUGGUGGUCAGUGACAAGGCCCGAGAUGCAGCCGCUGUCCUCGUGUCCAGAUUCAUCACGCGCCCCGACGUCAAGCAACAGAAGAUGGCUGGUUUCCUGGACUGGAGCCUGUGUACCUUGGCCCGCUCCUCCUUCCAGACCCUGGAGGGGGUUAUUGCCAUGGACGGGACGCUGCAGGCUCUGGCACAAAUAUUUAAACAUGGAAAACGUGAAGACUGUUUACCCUAUGCUGCCACUGUCCUCAAGUGCCUUGAUGGCUGUCGACUCCCUGAGAGCAACCAGACUCUGCUACGGAAGCUGGGGGUGAAGCUUGUGCAGCGGCUGGGGCUGACCUUCCUGAGGCCCAAGGUGGCAGCGUGGAGGUACCAGCGUGGCUGCCGAUCUCUGGCAGCCAAUCUGCAGCCCCACACUGAGCACUGGCCUGAGCAGAAGAUGCUGGUGGAGCCGUCUGACUGCCACGAGGAGGUGGAGGAAGAUGAUGUCCCAGAGGGGGUGGAGAGUGUAAUUGAGCAGCUGCUGGUCGGGCUGAAGGACACGGACACUGUCGUGCGCUGGUCGGCAGCCAAGGGAAUCGGUAGGAUGGCUGGGCGGCUUCCCAGAGAGCUGGCGGAUGACGUGGUUGGGUCUGUGUUGGAUUGUUUCAGUUUUCAGGAGACAGACAAAGCCUGGCAUGGUGGGUGUCUGGCGCUGGCGGAACUGGGCAGGAGAGGCCUGCUGCUCCCAUCUCGACUUGCAGAGGUUGUCCCUGUGAUCCUGAAGGCACUGAUCUACGAGGAGAAGAGAGGUGCCUGCAGUGUGGGUGCCAAUGUCAGGGACGCCGCAUGCUACGUGUGCUGGGCCUUCGCACGUGCCUACGAGCCUCAGGAGCUGACUCCCUUUGUGACUGCGAUUUCAAGCGCACUGGUCAUUGCCGCAGUGUUUGACAGGGACGUGAACUGCAGGAGGGCUGCCUCUGCCGCCUUCCAGGAGAAUGUGGGGAGACAGGGCACGUUCCCUCAUGGAAUUGACAUUUUGACCACGGCUGACUACUUUGCUGUUGGGAACAGAUCCAACUGUUUCUUGGUUAUAAGUGUGUUUGUCGCUGGCUUUCCUGAGUACACCCAGCCAAUGAUAGAUCACCUGGUUACCAUGAAAAUCAACCACUGGGACGGGGUCAUCAGAGAGCUGGCAGCAAAGGCAUUGGCUAACCUGGCUCCGAAAGCCCCCAAGUACUGCACCACUCACGUUUUCCCAAGACUGCUGACAAUGACACGGAGUCCGGAUCUGCACACCCGGCAUGGCUCGGUUCUUGCCUGUGCAGAGCUCACCCACGCCCUGUAUCGACUUGCAGCACAACAGAGCAGGCCUGUUACGGAGUAUCUGGACCAGCAGGUGGUGCAGGGCCUGAAGCAGAUCCACCCCCAGCUUUGUGACCGCCAGUUGUACAGGGGUCUUGGAGGAGAGCUUAUGCGUCAAGCAGUGUGCAUUUUAAUAGAAAACUUGUCACUUUCCAAAAUGCCCUUUAAAGGUGACACCAUAAUUGAUGGUUGGCAGUGGCUGAUAGACGACACUUUGAAAAGUCUCCAUCUUAUUUCAAGUCAUUCUAGACAGCAGAUCAAGGAUGUAGCCGUUGCAGCUGUGGCCGCGCUCUGCAGCGAGUACUACCCACAGGAGCCGGGGCAGGCGGCCCCCAUAGGGCACGAGGGGCUGGUUGAGCAGUACCUCGCAGAGCUCCGGAGCCCCGAAGAGAUGACUCGAUGCGGCUUCUCUUCAGCCUUGGGCGCCCUCCCCGGCUUCCUCUUGAAGGGCAGACUCCAGCAGGUGCUAGAGGGUUUGGCAGCCAUCACCCGAGCUUCUCCUGAGGACAUGAGCUUCGCUGAGUCUAGGAGAGAUGCCGUGAGGGCCAUUGCCAGGAUAUGCCAUACUGUGGGAGUGAAGGCAGGGGCCCCGGAUGAGGCUGUGUGCAAGGAGCACGUUGGACAGCUCUACAGCACUCUGCUGGGCUGCGUGGACGACUACACCACAGACAGCAGAGGGGACGUGGGCGCCUGGGUUCGAGAGGCCGCUAUGACCAGUCUGAUGGAUCUGACACUUCUUCUGGGACGGAGCCAGCCUGAGCUGAUUGAGGCCCACAUCUGCGAGCAGGUCAUGUGCCACGUAGCCCAGCAGGCGAGUGAGAAGAUUGACAGGCUCCGCGCUCACGCUGCCAGCGUGUUCCUGACACUCCUGCACCAGGACAGUCCCCCUGUCCCCCAUAUACCCUACCGCAGAGAGCUGGAGCAGCUCCUCCCCAGGUCUGACAUCACCUCUGUAAGCUGGAAUGUACCAUCCCAGGCCUUCCCUCGCAUCACCCAGCUCCUGCGGCUGCCCACCUACCGUUACCACGUCCUGUUGGGGCUGGUCGUGUCUGUGGGUGGCUUGACAGAGUCAACGGUCAGGCACUCCACCCAGAGCCUCCUUGGGUACAUGAAGGGGAUCCAGAGUGACCCACAGGCCCUGGAGGGCUUCAGCAGGACCCUCCUACAAGUCUUUGAGGACAACCUUCUCAACGACAGGGUGUCUGUGCCGCUGCUGAGGACGCUGGACAAGAUGCUCGCCGAUGGCUGCUUCGAGGCCUUUGCAGCGGAGGAGGACCACCCCUUCUGUGUGAAGCUGCUUGCACUCUGUAAAGAAGAAAUCAAGAAGUCGAAGGACACCCAGAAGCUGCAGUCUAGCGUCGCUGUGUUCUGUGGUAUGGUGCAGUUCCGUGGCCACACGAGGAGGCAGGCCCUGCUGCAGCUGUGUCUGUUGCUGUGCCACCGGUUCCCCCUGAUCCGGAAAGCCACAGCCAGCCAGGUGUAUGAGAUGGUGCUGACCUACAGUGAUGUCGUGGAUGCCGAUGUUCUAGACCAGGUCCUGGCCGUGCUCAGUGACACAGCCUGGGAGUCGGAGCUCGCAGUGGUGAGAACACAGCGGAAUCGCCUGUGUGACCUCUUGUGUGUGCCUCAGCCUCAGCUGGUGCCCAAGCCGACCAACUGCUGAAGCCUGCCCUGGCAGCCGGACACUGAUGGCAACACGGGAACCCUAGUUAAUACAGGCUGGUGUGUGCUAUGCCAUCCAGCCCAAGCUGGGACUCCAGCCCUUGUGGACACCAUCAAGUUCUACGAGGGUCUGCCAGACCGAUCUGGAUCUCUGGUGAUGUCAUAGAUGAGAACAGGAUUGAGUUCCUUCUCAGAUGUUCCACGCUUGUUGAUUUCAAACCUGGUGACAAGAGCUCACACUUAAGACAUCUCAUGGCUGUUAGAAUAAGAUCUAACUUGUGCUGAAAUAACUUGCUUGAGCUGUACACACAGUGUGAGUAUCAUAUAAGAAAGAACAAAAUGAAGUCAGUCAAAUAAAGAGCCUUUCUAAUCUGA